AUGACGAAGACGAGCUCUUGUGAUAGCGAAAGCGAACGUGAUGUUGUAGCACCUGCAGAAGACCCGGAAGUCCAACCUCGUGAGGGCGAGGAAUGCGACCAGCAGUUUGACCUGCACAAUGUCGAGGAUUCCGGGAGUGAAACUGAGGAAGCCUCUGGUAAUGGUUCGCAAUCACAUUGUAGUUCUGGAGAGGCAGAAGCUGGGGAGGCUGGGUGCGACGACAUUCCAAGUUCCGACCAAUCAGCAACAAGGUCGACAAUCUCCGAGGCCGUCUCUGCCAGUAGCAAGAGAGUCUUCGUGCCACAGCAGGUCCCCAUGCCUCCACUGAGCGACGAUGGUGCCAAGCAUGAUGCAGUGGAGUCAUUACCGGAUCAAGCGUCACCAGUGAAAGAAGACAAACCCAAGUUGAUCCGCAUAAGUGAUAUCCGGCCUCCAUCUACUACCAACAGCUCCGUGCCAAGUGCAAAGCAAGCGCAAGUUCAUGAAUCUACACCCGGAGCAUACGCGGUCUCGGGAACUCGACCACCAGUCUUUUACCGGCAGCGACAAUCCAGCAGCACAAUUGCUACAUCCACGGAUGAUAGCCUGCAGCGAUGGAACACGUCCUUACCGGUGGAUACCGUCUUGGAGGGCACAGUCAUCUUUACAGACUCAGAAACUCGUCGCUGUAUCAGUAGGGAUGUAGUAGAAACGCAGGUUGAUGAAGUGAUUAAUGGAACGGUCAUACGACAACCAGAUGCCCGACUGCGGCAGAAUGUCUUGCGUAGCAGUACUCCCCGUGGGUGUCGCGCUCACAGUAUUGGUGACGAUGCUCAUUCUACCGUCCAAUGA